AACAUUCCACCUGCCACUGCAGCUGCCAACAGCAGACGGAGACCUGUCCGGACUCUUUCUUUGCUAGAGUUACGGCAUCGGAAAGCAACGUUGACUCCCAAAAACGUCUUAUAAGCAUGGGUGGCAAGAAUAAAACCUCUCAGCAAAGGCAUGGUAGUAAGAAAUCAAACGUAGCAGCAAACAAAUUGAAUGAUAGUCCAGAAGCAUUGCAAGAGGUCAAAAACCACCUUGGGGAUGGAGCAGCAGGAAACAUAAUGGAGAGAAUAAAAAUGGCAGAGAAAAAGAAGAAAAAAAAAAGUGAUGCUGUAAACACAGUGAGCCGUAAACGGAAAGCAGAAGACAAUGAAAAACUAGCUGUGAAAGAGGAAGAAACAACAUUAGAGAGUGUCAAUCAGUUUAUCCCAACACCUCUGUCUCAUAUUCCUCUGAAAAUCCUAAUGGACAUCGAAAUGGAGUUAGUCUACACUGAUGAGGAGGAUAUUUCCUUUGAGUUUGCUGAGCCUGUGGUGUCUACAAGCACACAAUCAGCGUGUCAUGACUCUAAAAAAGCAGAUGCUGCGAGUGCACCUGAUGGCAGCACUUUGCCCCAAAUUGACAAACAGCUUCAGAUGACACUCCAGGAAGCCAGUGCUUGCUACAGGCAGAAGAACUACACAGCAGCAGCGGAGCAGUUCUCAACAGCACUGGAGCUUUGCAGUAAAGGUGCUGCUAUAGACCAUCCCUUUGAGUCAUCUCCAGAAGACAUUUCCAGUAUCGCCAGUUUUAUUGAGACAAAGCUUGUAACCUGCUACUUAAAGCUUAAGAAGCCUGAUGAUGCUCUGAAUCAUUCACACAGGAGCAUUAUUCUGAACCCAGCUUAUUUCCGGAACCACCUGCGCCAAGCCGCCGUGUUUCGGUGCUUAGAAAGAUACUCUGAAGCUGCAAGGAGCGCCAUGAUUGCUGACUAUAUGUACUGGCUGACAGGAGGCACUGAGCAGCAUAUAAGCAAGCUCAUCAAACUGUAUUGGCAGGCUAUGAUUGAAGAAGCCAUUACUAGAGAAGAAGCUUUUUCAGUCAUGUACACACCAUUUGCGAGAGAAGUCAAGGCUGGCAAAAUAAACAAGAUAAAGGACUUGUUUGCUAAAAAGCAUCCUGAUUACAAGGAGCGCAUAUAUACAGAUCCUCAUGGACUUCACAUCUUACCACAAAUGGCUGGCUGGCCAUCUCUGCCUCCCCAGAAGUACUUACUGACUCUGGGUUUCAGAAACAAACAUAUUGGAAAAGUCUUGGAAAGGUGGUCAAGUAGAAAACUGCCCAUCUUUUCAGAUCGGAAAGCACCUUUCUGUCCUCUCACAAGUGAAGAAACAAAAAGAUAUUGGGAUAACACAGGGAAAAGCGUCGUGCCAGUAAUUGAUUUUAUAAGGAGCACCAAAUUAACUGACAAUCGCUGUGCAUGUUCACCUGGGAUAGAGAAGCUGCAUUACGCCAGCCUCCUGGGCCGCUUGGGAAGAGCUGAGGAACAGUCUCAAGUGAUUAAUCAAGCAAUGGCUGAGCUAGCAACCAUUCCCUACCUGCAGGACAUCAGUCAGCAGGAUGCCAAGCUGCUGCAGUCGCUAAUGGCAGAUGCCAUGGACAUCCUUGAAGGAAGAAGUGAUAAAGGACGUGUGUGGAAUAAAAUUCAGCAGAUUGGACUGAUUGAAGAUUACUUAUACCAAGUUGAAGACAAUUACUUAAAGAACAAAAGGCUGAGAAUAGCUAGGACACAAAGAAUGAGAAUGAAGAGGAUUCAAGAUGCACAGCAACGUUAGAGCCUAGGAUAUACAAAACUGUCCCUUACCAGCCAUGGCCACACAGCGAACAAGAAAAUUAACACUGUAGAUAUUUGAUAGAUAGGUCAAAAAAAGCCACCUUUCCAUUUAAUGAGCUUUCCCCUCACUGUGAGAUAUCUCCAGCAAGACACUCCUGCACUUCAUUAGUCUUUACUGGUUGGAAUAAAUGUACAUGAAAGGUU